AGAUGGAACAAAAUGAAAUUCGUCGUCAUAUUAAUAGACAAUUUUCAAUUAGAGGACAUUCUCUGAGCAAGGACACUUUGUCCUACCUGGUUGACCAAUUAAAAGAUAUGGGCCGUGAGCAAUAUCAGAAAACGAUGGCCAAAGUUAUGGAAUUAGUCGAAAAGGAAAAUGUCGAUUCUGGUCUGUUGGACUUGAAUCUGCUCAAAAAUGUCUUGAAAGUCCUCUCAAGACAACAGAAAAAUGAAAGUGAAAUUAAUUUCAAGCUAGAAAAUGCUUUUGAAUUGUUAGCAGCAAAUAAGGAAACGUCAAGGGAUGUUCAUUUGGGUACUGAUGUUUAUUGGAAGCGAUUUGAUCUUGUUAAAAAGUUAUUAGCCAAAAAUCAAUCAACAGAAGAUGAUGUUUUUGUUUCAAUCGACUCAAUUUUUAAUUUAUGCGGCUCCAAAAUAUGUAUAUUAGCUCAACUCUGUAGAGGAGACGGUGCUUGGUUUGUUGCUGAAGACCAAACAGCACGAAUCAAAUUAGAUUUGACAGAAGCAACAUACGAACCUGGAAUUUAUUUUGAGGGGGGUAUUUUUGUUUUUGAAGGAAUUUGUUCUUUGACAACAUUAAAAGUUGAAAAAGUGUCACUUCCAAGACUGACAGGAAUUAAUUCAGAGGAAAAUACUUCUCAACGGCAAGAUGUUCGCUUUUCUAGAAGAAGGGAUCCAAACGAUAGAAUUUGCAUUUUUUCUGAUCUUUUGUUGGAUAAUGAUAAGGUGUUGAAAGCUUUUUAUCGAAUUCUUGAUGGUUUUUCAUCCAAUCCACCAAACAUUUUUGUCCUCUGUGGACGUUUUUUGAGCGUGCAAAGAGCUUAUGGGUAUACCGAUCAAAGUAUUACAGCUUUCCGUCAUUUGGCCAAUAUUCUUUCACAUUUUUCUACAAUCUAUUUAAAUUCGCAUUUUAUUUUGGUGCCACAUCAGGAAGAUCCACCGCCUUUAAUCACAUUUCCAUGCCCCCCUCUACCCCCAAGUGUUCAAAAAUGUUUCAAAGAUUUGCCAAAUAUACAUUUUGCUUCUAACCCGUGUCGACUUAUUUUCAAGGAUAGACACUUUCUUAUAUUUCGUGACGAUGUGAUAGAAAAAAUAUGCAGGUCAGCCAUUCAUAUGCCAAAAGAUGUACAGGCUGAAAUGAUUCCAAAAUUGUUUUGCGACACAAUGUGGAGUCAACGACACCUUUCACCACUUCCCCUCUUUUACAAUUCAAUACAACCCGAAACUGAUAAAUUAUUUCAUUUAUGGCCUGAACCGGAUGUUCUUUUAUUAGCUGAUAAAUUCAAAGGAUUUAUAGAAGAAGAAAAUAAUCAGAGACGGUUAACGAUAAAUCCGGGGCCAUUUUUGGCAGAAAAUUUUGAAUUUCAAGUAUAUUUCCCAACUUUAGGAAGGGUCGAUAAUUCUGUUUUUGUUUUAGAUGAGAAUUGA